AUGAACAGAUUAUUCGGCGCAAAGAACACGGCUCCUAAGCCAACUCUGAACGGCGCGAUAUCUAAUGUCGAAACUCGUAUGGAGACGAUCGAUGUCAAGAUCUUCAAACUCACCUCCGAGCUGCAAACUUAUCAGCAACGGUUGAGCAAUAUGCGCGAUGGACCGGGGAAGAAUGCGAUCAAACAAAAGGCCAUCAAAGUGCUGCAACAACGCAAGAUGUAUGAGUCUCAAAAGGAUCAGCUCCAACAGCAAAGCUGGAAUAUGGAGCAAGCUGGAAUGAUGCAGGACAACCUGAAGAACACAAUGGCCACGGUGGAUGCAAUGAAGACGACACAAAAGGAGCUACGGAAGCAAUACGGCAAAAUCAACAUCGAUAAAAUAGAGCGUUUGCAGGACGAGAUGGCGGAGCUUAUGGACAUGGGAAACGACAUCCAGGAGAGCAUCAGCAGGAGCUAUGACGUCCCGGAAGACGUCGACGAGGCAGAACUCGAUGCCGAGCUUGAGGCGCUGGGAGAGGAGGUUGGCGCGGAUAUGAGUUACGAGGGUAGCAUGCCAAGUUACCUGUCAGAGACUGCAGCACCUCCGACCUUUGUGGAUGAAGCGCCCGAGCCUAGCAAGCAAAAGCAAGCAGCACAGUGA